UCUCUUUUCCCUUGUCUCAGUUUCCCCCUGGCUCUUUUCGCGAGCUCUUUUCGCCAUUAUAACAUACUCCAAGCACAUUCGAUUUACGAAUGGCAGUGAUUUGGCCUGUUUCUUAACCUCCUCGUUUUCAUACUGGUCCUGAAACAGGGUCGUCGACUUAGAAUUGCUACACAAUGCCCAUUCUAUUGUUGGCCGCUCUAGACUAUUGUGGAACAGAGUCUUGAUAUCAAGAGGCAAACACCUGUAGCCAAGACUUUCCUCGACCAACUCACCUGGUCAAACUUCUCCGGAUCUACAUCAUCCUACUGCUGCACACGAGUUCAAUCGUCGCCUCCGGAGAGGGGUGACCAACAUGGAAAACGCUCCCUCCAGUAUCCCCCAGUCCGGAAGUGCCGCGAUGCGGGGCACGAUGCCUUUGCAUCCACCACCACGACAACUCGAUCGCAAUGAAAAAGCUGCGAUCAACUCAAUACCCGCUGUAGCGCCCAAAGACUCAUCAUACAUGCAGCAGAUCUCAAACCCCUCGUCGCUAGGUCCCAAUCGAUCCGGAGCGAAUGAAAGUGCAAAUGCGAAAGUUGCGAUUCCCAGACAGCGCUCGACUGUCGCCCCGCGCUACAGUCGCCGUGUGCCGCGAGCAUGUGAAACCUGCCGAGCACGAAAGACGAAAUGCAGCGGUGAUACUCCUAUAUGUAGGCAGUGUAAAGAGCUGAGGGUCACGUGUCGAUAUCCGGUGUCAUGGAGGGAGAAGACAAAAGGGCAGUUGGAUAUAUUGUCGGUCAAGACUCAAGACUAUGAGAAUCUCUUGCGAGAGAUUGGGAGCUUGGUGGAUAGUCGAACUUCGGAGCGUAUCAAGAGCACGCUGGACAAAUAUAAUGGAGAGAACAGCAAUAGCCAGGAGAAUUCCUCGAAUGAUCCGCAGUCUUCGGUGACGCCCCAGGAGGAAGAUAUGGAGCAGGAUGAACCGCCAUCGUCCCCUUCGUCGAUUGGUUCGCUAGAUGCGAUCGAUAGGGUUGAAGAAGAUUUGAAUCGGAGUGAGAGCUCGAGGGCUACAGGGUACAUAGGCAAAAAUUCGGAGCUCACCUGGAUGCAGAGGGUACGGCGGGAGGCUGAGCAACGCGUUCGGAAACAGUCAGGAGCAUCGGACACGAAGCCUGAGGGUGACUUUGCUCUGCAUGCCGUGAACUAUCACCUAGAUGACAUGGAUAUCACCGUCCCGGGCCCCGUACAAGUGUACUGGAUGCCACCACGCCAUGUGGCGGACCAACUUUUCGAAGACUACUUGACCACAGUCCACCCAUUCUUCCCCAUCAUCAGUCGCACGCUGUUUAGCGCACAGUACAGGACCUUUUUCGAAAGCGCAGCGCGGCCUGGUGACAAAUGGCUGGCCAUUUUGAACAUGAUUUUCGCUAUUGCGUCCAAGCAUGCGCAUCUUACACAGGCACCUUGGCGCGGAGACGAACGUGAUCAUCUUGUGUAUCUGACACGCGCUCGCAUUCUCAGCAUGAAUGGUGAUACGCUUUUCAAUCACCCUGACCUGCAGCAGGUACAGGUUGAAGGCCUUAUUGCGUUCUAUCUUCUUGCAUCGGAUCAGAUCAACCGAGCGUGGAGAAUUGCGUCUUUGGCUGUUCGAUCUGGUAUUGCUCUCGGGAUCAAUAUGAAGAACACCAGCGAGACGACGCCCAGUAUAUCCAAAGAGGCACGUUAUAAGGUCUGGUGGUGUCUGUAUACGUUCGAGCAUAUGCUUGGGAUCAUGACGGGCAGGUCAACAUGUAUCCUAGAUGGUGUCUGUACGACGCCUAUGCCCCUGCCCUUCGAUGAGGAGCAGCUACGGGAGCCGUUCGCGGCCAAGCUUUUGGCGGAUCAAGAUAUGCGGCAAGCGUAUAUCGGAUCAGCGAUCGCAAGUUCGUAUGUUCGUCAAAUGCCCUUGAAUCCACCAGGUGGCAGAGAUGCUCAACUCACGGACAAGCCACGGGACGCCCAAUGGUUAAAGGGUCAGCCUGCGAGCCGGGCCUUGUGCUAUCUAUUCUACACCGACCUGGCAGUGAUCAGUCAGGAGAUUGUCAACAGGGUCUACUCGCUAGAUUGUGUCCACACGCCGUGGGCCCAUAUUGAGAAUCGUAUUGGGGAGCUUCGAGCGAGAAUCGACCGCUGGUAUCACACUCUUCCCGAGGUGUUUGACUUUGCCCGCAAGAUGGCCGAGGAGGAUCAAGAACUGCUCCGUUUGAAACUUUUCCUCGCGUUUCACUUCUACAGUGCUCGGAUCACUCUUGGACGACCAUGUCUGUGCCGCCGUGACGCAAGUCCGAGAGAUCCGAGCAAAAAGCCGACUUUUAGUCAUAGCAUGGCUGAGGUAUCGCUCGAGUCCGCGCUUCGUAUGCUCGAAUUGCUACCCGACGAGCCCAACGCCAUUAAGCUCUAUCAGAUCUGUCCCUGGUGGUGCAUAUCGCACUACUUGAUGCAGGCCGCGAGUGUCCUUCUACUCGAGUUAUCCUUCGGGAACAUCCAUAUGCCUGAGGAGGAGCCGCAUUUCUUGGCGGCCGCCAAGAAGGCCGUUCGCUGGCUCUAUGCGAUGUCCGAGUGCAGCGCCGCAUCACGGCGUGCAUGGCAGCUGUGUGAUAGCAAUCUCCGGCGGAUCGCUUACGGCAUGAAUUACGACAUCAGCGACGUGCCCGAGUCUGCCUACGAGACGAGACCAGCCCAGCCCCUGAGCAUGCAACCCCAGGGCUCCAAUCAACAAAACACCAAUUUGACAUCCACACCCAUGUUCUAUGAUGCCACGGACGACAGUCUCCUAAAUCCCACUGCCGCCGGCGGGUCCCAGGAAACCUACCAAUACUUCCAGAACCCGCAUCCAUCUACGGUUUCACAUUCUCAAGUGAUCCCCAGCCUUGAUCUGCUGUCCUCGGCCAGCAGCAAUCCUCCCGGAGGCGAUGCCUUUUUCCCCUAUGACCCGAUCAGCGGGGAAUUCAUCCGAUCGUUCUUCCCGGCGGCCGCCGACGAGGAACCAUGGACGCAUUAAUGACACAUGUAAUGUAUUGGCGGUCUACUCUUUCCUUUUCUUAAUCAAUUACAGUCCGCUAGUUUGUCUUCAUGUCCCAUUUCAAGUUAAUGGUCAUCUGACCUAACGAAUAUUCUCACACUGCUUAUUCUUAUGCCAAAGCGAUUCCUUUCAGUUUCUGCGCACGAUUUUCUUCGCUUUGGAGUUCAGCUGCGGCGUUGACUUUGUGGGGGACGCAGCCAAAUUGCGGAUAGAAGUCAUGAUUGGGCGAGUAUGGGUUGGCACGGGGGACGGGCUGGAGUUUCAGUGAUUUCACCUUGGAGUCUAAGCUAGGCUUGUCUUUAUGAUGCCUUACGAUGGAUGCGUCAUGAGCCAUGGGUAGUAUGAACAGACUGAUACCAUGAGGGACUUGAUCACGUGUAUGGCGUACAGGGUGCAACGGAAUAAUGUCAGAUACAUUCCUGGGGAUGUAGCCAAUUCGAACGAGCAAAAAUGACAGUAAACGAGCA